GUCCCAUCUUCUGCUUGGAGGAGAAAUCUGAGGAAGAACAAUGAUCUGAGCUCACAAGAAAAUUCAUCUUCCUGAUAGUGGAGGGAAUGAAAUAAAAGCAGUCCAACCACUCCACCCUAUGAAGAGGGUCUGUGGUCAUUUGUUCACAUGGUUUCGAGGUACAAUGAGGCACAUCAGCUCUUGGAAAGUUUGGCUUUGGGUGGCAGUGCUCCUGCUUCCUGCUUCCACUUCCAUGACCGUCAGGGACAAGUCAGAAAAACUAUGUCCUAUGCUAAGAACAGAAAGAUACCAGCUUACACAAGGCAGCAGAGACAAACUUGAAGUUUCCGGUUUUGAUCUAGGAGAAAGCUUUUCUCUGAGACGUGCAUUUUGUGAAGGUGAUAAAACCUGUUUCAAAUUGGGACAUGCACUUCUUAUUAGAGAUACUAUCAAGAUGUUUCCCAAAGGCCUUCCUGAGGAGUAUUCCGUAUCAGCCAUGUUUCGUGUAAGAAGAAGCACCAAACACGAACGGUGGUUUCUAUGGCAGGUUUUAAACCAGCAGAAUAUGCCGCAGGUUUCUAUAGUGGUCGAUGGUGGAAAGAAGGUGGUUGAAUUUAUGUUUCGUGCUGCUGAGGGAAAGGUGUUGAGUUACAUCUUUAAAAGCCGAGAACUACGCCCUUUGUUUGAUCGCCAGUGGCAUAAACUUGGCAUCAGUAUACAGUCUCACGUCAUUUCACUCUAUAUGGAUUGUAACUUAAUUGAGAGACGACAAACUGGUGAAAAGGAUGCUAUUGACUUCCAUGGAAGGACCGUCAUCACUGCACGAGCUUUGGAUGGCAAGCCUGUGGACAUUGAACUUCACCAACUUAAAAUCUACUGUAACUCAAACUUUGCAGCUCAAGAAACAUGUUGUGAAAUAUCAGAUACUAAGUGUCCAGAGCAGGCUGACUUUGAAAGUACUGCAUCAUCAUUGGUAACCCCUCAUGCCAGCAAAAUGUCUGCAUAUUUGCCAGCCAAGCAGGAACUUAAAGACCAGUACCAGUGCCAGUGCGCUCUGAACAAGGGGGAAGCAGGAUUGCCGGGAGCUCCAGGUUCACCUGGUCAGAAAGGGGAUAAAGGAGAGUCGGGACCAGCUGGCAUUAAAGGUGAAUACGGUGCUCCUGGGAUCCCUGGGGAAAAGGGUGAAAAUGGUUUAGAUGGUGCUCCAGGCUUACCUGGGCAAAAGGGAGAGCAAGGUUUUGAAGGCAGGAAAGGAGAAACUGGUGAAAAGGGUGAACAAGGAGAAAGAGGAGAUCCAGGUCUGGCUGGCAUUAAUGGACAAGAAGGUUUGAAAGGUGACUUGGGUCCUCCUGGUCCACCUGGCCCAAAAGGAGACAAGGGAGAUAUGGGACCUCCAGGACCACCAGCCUUAACUGGUUCCCUUGGGAUUCAAGGCCCCCAAGGCCCACCUGGAAAAGAGGGUCAGAGGGGAAGGCGAGGAAAACCAGGACCCCCAGGAAAACCAGGAGCCCCAGGACCACCUAUGAGAAAAGUUAUGCCAAACUGCUUCCAAGCAUCCGUCACUACAAGCUUGUGUUCUCUACGUUUAGUGGCACAUUGCAAAUGUUUCAUAUUAGAAGAGCUCUUUAGUCACAAGCUGCUCGGCCCUCCUGGAAUACAAGGCGUACAACAGACUCUUGAUGGAUAUUAUAACAAGGGUGAAAAUGGACAACCAGGAUUUCCAGGAUCUGUUGGACCUAAAGGACAAAAAGGAGAACCUGGGGAACCUUUUACAAAAGGUGAAAAGGGAGAUAGAGGAGAGCCAGGGAUAAAAGGAUCACAGGGAAUAAAGGGUGAACCUGGAGAUCCUGGUCCCCCUGGUUUAAUAGGAAGCCCAGGACUAAAGGGCCAGCAAGGACCUUCAGGCCCUAUGGGACCCAGAGGACCACCAGGAGAUGUUGGAUUGCCAGGAGAACAUGGUAUCCCAGGAAAACAAGGCAUUAAAGGAGAAAAGGGAGAUCCAGGUGGGAUUAUAGGUCCUCCUGGGCUUCCAGGUCCAAAAGGUGAAGCUGGUCCUCCAGGGAAGAGCCUGCUGGGGGAGCCAGGAUUAGAUGGAAAUCCUGGAGCACCUGGUCCACGUGGGCCAAAGGGUGAAAGAGGACUGCCAGGGGUCCAUGGUUCUCCAGGAGGAACAGGCCCACCAGGGGUAGGAAUUCCUGGCCAAACAGGCUCCCAAGGACCAGCUGGAGAGCCAGGUUCUCAGGGUCCUCGAGGUCUCCCUGGGUUGCCAGGAACUCCAGGAACCCCGGGGAGUAAUGGAGCUCCAGGAAGGGAUGGGAAGCCAGGCCUGCCAGGCCCCCCAGGUGACCCGAUUGCACUUCCUCUCUUGGGAGACAUCGGUGUCUUGCUCAAGAACUUCUGUGGCAACUGUCAAGCCAAUGUCCCUGGACUAAAAAGGAGCAAAGGAGAGGAAGAAGGUGUGGGUGAGCCUGGGAAGUAUGACUCUAUAGCCCAGAAGGGUGAUACAGGGCCACGGGGUCCCCCAGGAAUCCCAGGCAGAGAGGGACCAAAGGGAAGCAAAGGAGAACGGGGCUACCCUGGGAUACCUGGGGAGAAAGGCAAUGAGGGUCUUCAAGGAAUUCCAGGCCUUUCAGGCGCUCCAGGCCCCGCUGGCCCCCCUGGCUUAUUGGGAAGAACUGGACAUCCUGGGCCUGCAGGAGCAAAGGGUGACCAGGGCAGUGAGGGACCCCCUGGGAAGCCUGGACCACCUGGACCACCUGGUAUACCAUUCAAUGAAGGAAAUGGGAUGAGCAGUUUAUAUAAAAUCCAGGGAGGUGUGAAUGUUCCCAGUUACCCAGGGCCACCUGGGCCUCCUGGCCCCAAAGGUGAUCCUGGCCCAGCGGGAGAACCUGGUCCAAUGGGGUUGCCAGGACUAGAAGGGUUUCCAGGUAUAAAGGGAGAUCGAGGUCCAGCAGGUCCCCAGGGAAUAACCGGGAUAUCGGGAAAGCCUGGUGCUCCAGGGCCUCCAGGAGUUCCAGGGGAACCAGGUGAAAGAGGACCUAUUGGAGAUAUAGGUUUCCCUGGACCAGAAGGGCCCUCAGGAAAGCCAGGAAUAAAUGGAAAAAAUGGAUUACCAGGUGCUCAGGGCAUCAUGGGUAAGGCUGGAGAUAGAGGCCCCAAAGGAGAACGUGGUGAUCAGGGAAUUCCUGGAGACAGAGGCCCACAAGGUGAACAGGGAAAACCAGGCCUUGCAGGCAUGAAGGGGGCUAUAGGUCCUAUGGGACCACCAGGAACCAAGGGCUCCAUGGGAUCUCCCGGCCACCAAGGCCCUCCAGGCUCACCAGGAGUCCCUGGCAUUCCGGCUGAUGCCAUUUCAUUUGAAGAAAUAAAGAAGUAUAUUAAUCAAGAGGUCCUACGGAUUUUUGAAGAGAGGAUGGCUGUAUUUCUAUCCCAACUCAAGCUGCCAGCAGCAAUGUUGUCAGCUCAAGCUCAUGGGAGGCCUGGUCCCCCAGGAAAGGAUGGGUUACCUGGACCUCCAGGAGACCCUGGACCACAAGGCUAUCGAGGACAGAAGGGAGAAAGAGGUGAACCUGGUAUUGGGCUGCCAGGGAGCCCGGGUCUUCCUGGGACUUCAGCCUUGGGUUUGCCAGGCUCACCAGGUUCCCCAGGUCCUCAGGGCCCCCCAGGCCCUAAUGGAAGAUGUAACCCAGAAGAUUGCCUCUAUCCUGUGUCUCAUGCCCGUCAGCGGACAAGUGGAAAAUGAGCAACACACCUGAGGAAGAUUGGUUCCUGGUGAUUGCUCCUUGCCAUUGGAGCUAUCUUAUUACCAUCAAAUCCUCAUUAUAUGUGGGCCUUUUUAUUUUUUGAUGUAGACCAGACAUUAAAAGCAACAAUUUGAAUGCUAUUACAAUGGUAAUUGCACUGUC